UUCCGGAUCAGCUGUCGACUGAACAAGAAGUAAAUAAAAUGCAAGCUUGUUUACAUCAGCCAAUACCGUGACAUUAUUAGGAUAUCCAUGUGAUCAUGUCAUCUUUUGGUGUAUGAGUUUGAACUUCAGUUGCUGGCCCAAGAUCAGAUGGUUUGGAGGAGUUACAUUCCAUACCAAGACACUCAAGAUUCAAGGCAGUAGCAAUGGAUCCAGGGUACAUUCUGUGGGAAGCUGUCCGAACCAAUGAUGCUGAUACAAUCAAGCUGCUCCUCAAACCCGCAACUGAUACAAACACAAACUGUGCUAAAAGCACCCUUGAUUAUGUUCAUGAAGGCUUGUGUCCAAUCCAUCUGGCUAUCAUCAAUGGAAACGUUGAACUCCUGCAACUGCUGCUGUCGUCUGGUGUCUCCUUGAGCAAGUUUCAGAUCAGACAUGCCCUGUCAUACAUAUCACAUGAAACCAGACUCAAUGACAAACUCAUCGACAAGUUGUCACUAGAUACAAAGUUCCCCAUUUUGUGUCUUCCUCUAAUAACCAACGACCCCCACAUCCUGAGUGAGCUUCUGAAGCACGGUCCCACUCUUUGUAGUGAUGACAAAGGGGAGGUGUUGGGCGUCGCCUGUGUCCUGAGACGGCUGCCAUUACUGCAUAUUCUAUUAGAGGUAGGAGGAUCGGUGUAUCUAGAACGUUGUGAAGCAUACGAGCAGUUUAGGCAGCAGUCACUUCUCCUCUUUGCUGUAGAGGACCCAGUUAAUUAUGAACUUGUGAAAUUAUUACUGGACAGAAAUGUAUCACUUGCUGGCCGAGAUAAGGAUGGGAACACUCCUGUACAUGUUGCGGCAAAGUACGGAAGUGCGGAUGUGGUGAAACUGCUCCUGGAGGCACUGUGGACGAAGAGAGAGUCGGUGUGCUGCGUCAACUCCAACACACACUCCCCAUUCCACAUUGCCUGUCACCGCGGACACCUUGGCGUGUUGAAGAUUCUCAUGGAGCAUAAGUGUAUGCGGCGAUGUCACCCUCAGGGACGGAAGUAUCUCCUCCAUUCCGCAGCGAAGGCGGGGCAGGCUCACGUCGUCCAAUACCUGCUGGAUCUGGGACAGGACGUGAACCAGCUGGACAACUUCGCAAACACACCCCUGUCUCAGGCAGUAGUAAAGGCGAACAACAUUGAGAUCACAAGAUUGCUACUGACGCCGGCGCCAAUCCAAACAUCCCCCAGCCACCCUACUACAGCAUUAUUAUCUCCGCUGCACAGAAGAGCUCUGUCGAACUCGUCACUGCUCUCUUACAAAAUGGUGCCAGUGUCAACAGUGUGGAUAUCCUCGGCUAUGCUCCAAUCAGCUAUGUGUCUGCAAGACGAGACUCGCCUGAAGAAUUCAUCAAAAUCCUGGCCAAGUUUGGAGCCAAAGUGGACCAUAGGCACGGUGAUGGGAGUACAUCACUACACCGAGCUUGUGCAGAUGACAAUCUUCCAGCUUUAACUAGUUUGAUCCAGCAUCAAGCUGACAUCUCCAGUCGGAACCGGAUUGGGAAACAACCUAUGCACUUUGCAGUAUCUGAAGAGAGUGCCAGGAUUCUACUAGACAAUGGUGCUGAACUGGAUGUGGAGGAUGAGAUCGGCUACACGCCCCUGAUGAGUGCAUGUCGACACAAGAAUAUUGUUGUUGCCCGUUUC